UUCCUUUCAUCUCUCUAUAGUUUACAUUUGCAGAAUUGCAGUAAGUAAAAUUGUGAUCAGUUCGGUGAGAUUUUAAUUAAUGGGGAAAAAUGGGUGCACCAAAAAUGGGGUUAGCAGGAGUGAAAAUGGCGGAUUCAGAUCAUUUGAGGAAGAAGUUUACUGGACCAAUUUCAAGUCUUUGCGUUUCUUCCAAUUUCUUUCCUCCGAUUUUCACUCCCAACUUAUGAUUCCGAAAGAAUUUUCUGAAAACAUGUGGAAUAAAUUACCACAAAUGGUGGUCCUCAAAAGCCCUGGGGGCUCUACAUGGGAGGUACAACUUGUGAGGGAUAAUAACAACACCCUUUUUUUCAAAGAUGGAUGGAAAGAGUUUGCAAAAGCGCAUAACUUGAAAGAAAAUGACUUGCUCAUGUUCAAGUACACCCGUGAUUCCUGCUUUAAGGUUUGGGUGUUGAGCGGAAGGAACUUGUGUGAGGUAGCUGGUUCAUAUUUUGUCAAGAAAUCUGCUCUUGAAAAAAAUGGUGCAGGUGAAAAUUCUCAGUUAAAAAGAAAAAAUACAAUGGUAGGUUCUGCCAUGGCUACAGGAAAUAAGGACAAUUCAGAGCUUGAAGAUUCGGACACUGAAAGAGCCUCUGCCAGAGCCUCAAGGAGGAAGAAUCGUAGGAACUCUACUGUUUUAAGAAAUAGUGGUGCUGAAGAAAAAAACCGUAGCACAGAUGACACACUAGAUAGAGUGCCCCCGAGUGAAGCAGAUAAAGAGAGAGCACUGCAAAUGGCGAACCGAAAUUUGACAGUUGAAAGCUUCAUUGUUGUCUUGAAAGAUAGUAAUGUUUCCCAGUACUAUCGCUUGGGUAUUCCUGCACCAUGGUCAAGGACUUAUCUUACUCGGAAACACCAAGAUAUGAAGCUCCGUGCAAAUGGCAAAAACUGGACUGUGAGGUUUAAUGCUGAGCCACGGUAUGGAGGCGGGGUUUUCAUUUCUGGGUGGUCCAACUUCGCUGUAGAUAACUUGUUGCAAGAAUUUGAUGUCUGCUUGUUUAAACUGGUAAGCCAAAAGGAUGAGCCAGUUAUCUUUGAUGUCUCAAUAUAUCGCGCUGUUCCAGAGGCAGCUCACCUCCCUUCUUAUAAAACACCUUAGGUUUAAUGCUGACUACCGCUGUUGAAAUUCAAGAAAUUCUGUUUGAGAGUAGAUUAAGGUUUCCUUCUUUUUUUAUUUUUUAGUUUUGUUGUGAUUAUAGCUAUCAUGUAGCAUUUGUUUCACUUUUUAUCCUGUAAAUCGUUUCGGUGUUGCUUAGACAGCCUCUUAACCUGCUCUAGCUUCCUUGACAACGAUAGGUAUUUGCCAUUAUGCAUGACAAUUUUGAGCAUCA